AUGUUGAAGUUCAAGUAUGGAGCACGGAAUCCACUGGAUGCUGGUGCUGCUGAACCUAUUGCCAGCCGGGCCUCCAGGCUGAAUCUUUUCUUCCAGGGGAAACCACCCGUUAUGACUCAACAGCAGAUGUCUCCUCUUUCCCGAGAAGGGAUAUUAGAUGCCCUCUUUGUUCUCUUUGAAGAAUGCAGUCAGCCUGCUCUGAUGAAGCUUAGGCAUGUGAGCAACUUUGUCCAGAAAUAUUCUGACACCAUAGCUGAGUUACAGGAGCUGCAGCCUUCAGCAAAGGACUUUGAAGUCAGAAAUCUUGUAGGUUGUGGUCAUUUUGCUGAAGUGCAGGUGGUAAGGGAAAGAGCAACUGGGGACAUCUAUGCCAUGAAAGUCAUGAAGAAGAAGGCUUUGUUGGCCCAGGAGCAGGUUUCCUUUUUUGAGGAAGAACGGAACAUACUGUCUCGGAGCACAAGCCCUUGGAUCCCUCAAUUACAGUAUGCCUUUCAGGACAAAAAUAACCUUUAUCUGGUCAUGGAAUAUCAGCCUGGAGGAGACUUGCUGUCACUUUUGAAUAGAUAUGAAGACCAAUUAGAUGAAAAUAUGAUUCAGUUUUACCUAGCCGAACUGAUUUUGGCUGUUCACAGUGUUCAUCAGAUGGGAUAUGUACAUCGAGACAUCAAACCUGAGAACAUUCUCAUUGACCGAACAGGACACAUCAAGCUGGUGGAUUUUGGAUCAGCUGCUAAAAUGAAUUCAAAUAAGAUGGUAAAUGCCAAACUCCCAGUUGGGACCCCAGAUUACAUGGCUCCUGAAGUGUUGACCGUAAUGAAUGGGGACGGAAAAGGCAUCUACAGCCUGGACUGUGACUGGUGGUCAGUGGGAGUUAUUGCUUAUGAGAUGAUUUAUGGGAAAUCCCCAUUCACAGAGGGAACCUCAGCCCGAACCUUCAAUAACAUCAUGAAUUUUCAGCGGUUUUUGAAGUUUCCAGAUGACCCCAAAGUUAGCAGUGAAUUUCUUGAUCUGAUUCAAAGUUUGUUGUGUGGCCAGAAAGAGAGACUGAAGUUUAAAGGUCUUUGCUGCCACCCUUUCUUCUCUAAAAUCGACUGGAAUAACAUUCGUAACUCUCCUCCCCCCUUCGUUCCCACCCUCAAGUCUGAUGAUGACACUUCCAAUUUUGAUGAGCCAGAGAAGAAUUCGUGGGUUUCAACCUCUCCGUGUCAGCUGAGCCCCUCAGGUUUCUCAGGCGAAGAACUGCCGUUUGUGGGGUUUUCGUACAGCAAGGCGCUGGGGAUUCUUGGUAGAUCUGAGUCUGUUGUGUUGGGUCUGGACUCCCCUGCCAAGACUAGCUCCAUGGAAAAGAAACUUCUCAUCAAAAGCAAAGAGCUGCAAGACUCUCAGGACAAGUGUCACAAGAUGGAGCAGGAAAUGACCCGGUUACAUCGGAGAGUGUCAGAGGUGGAGGCUGUGCUUAGUCAGAAGGAGGUGGAGCUGAAGGCCUCUGAGACUCAGAGAUCCCUCCUGGAGCAGGACCUUGCUACCUACAUCACAGAAUGCAGUAGCUUAAAGCGAAGUCUGGAGCAAGCACGGAUGGAGGUGUCCCAGGAGGAUGACAAAGCACUGCAGCUUCUCCAUGAUAUCAGAGAGCAGAGCCGGAAGCUCCAAGAAAUCAAAGAACAGGAGUAUCAGGCUCAAGUAGAGGAAAUGAGGUUGAUGAUGAAUCAGUUGGAAGAGGACCUUGUCUCAGCAAGAAGACGGAGUGAUCUCUACGAAUCUGAGCUGAGAGAGUCUCGGCUCGCUGCUGAAGAAUUCAAGCGGAAAGCGACAGAAUGUCAGCACAAAUUGUUGAAGGCUAAGGAUCAAGGGAAGCCUGAAGUAGGAGAAUAUUCCAAACUGGAGAAGAUCAAUGCUGAGCAGCAGCUCAAAAUACAGGAGCUCCAGGAGAAGCUGGAAAAGGCUGUAAAAGCCAGCACAGAGGCCACUGAGCUGCUGCAGAAUAUCCGCCAGGCGAAGGAGCGAGCUGAGCGGGAACUGGAGAAGCUUCAGAACCGAGAGGAUUCUUCUGAAGGCAUAAGAAAGAAGUUGGCGGAAGCCGAGGAACGCCGCCACUCUCUGGAGAACAAGGUAAAGAGGCUAGAGACCAUGGAGCGUAGAGAAAACAGACUGAAGGAUGACAUCCAGACAAAAUCCCAACAGAUCCAGCAGAUGGCUGAUAAAAUUCUGGAGCUGGAAGAGAAACACCGGGAGGCCCAAGUCUCAGCUCAGCACCUAGAGGUGCAUCUGAAACAGAAGGAGCAGCACUAUGAGGAAAAAAUUAAAGUGUUGGAUAAUCAGAUAAAGAAAGACCUGGCCGAUAAGGAGACCCUGGAGAACAUGAUGCAGAGACAUGAAGAGGAAGCCCACGAGAAAGGCAAGAUUCUCAGCGAGCAGAAGGCGAUGAUCAAUGCUAUGGAUUCCAAGAUCAGAUCCCUGGAACAAAGGAUUGUGGAACUGUCUGAAGCCAAUAAGCUUGCAGCAAACAGCAGUCUUUUUACCCAAAGGAACAUGAAGGCCCAGGAAGAGAUGAUUUCUGAACUCAGGCAACAGAAAUUUUACCUGGAGACACAGGCUGGGAAAUUGGAGGCUCAGAACCGAAAGCUGGAAGAGCAGCUGGAGAAAAUUAGCCACCAAGACCACAGUGACAAGAAUCGGCUGCUGGAACUGGAGACAAGGUUGAGGGAGGUCAGUCUAGAGCACGAGGAGCAGAAACUGGAGCUCAAGCGCCAGCUCACGGAACUGCAGCUCUCCCUGCAGGAGCGUGAGUCCCAGCUGACAGCCCUCCAGGCUGCCCGGGCGGCCCUGGAGAGCCAGCUUCGCCAGGCGAAGACGGAGCUGGAAGAGACGACAGCAGAAGCAGAAGAGGAGAUCCAGGCACUCACGGCACAUAGAGAUGAAAUCCAGCGCAAAUUUGAUGCCCUUCGUAACAGCUGUACUGUAAUCACAGACCUGGAGGAGCAGCUAAACCAGCUGACCGAGGACAAUGCUGAACUCAACAACCAAAACUUCUACUUGUCUAAACAACUCGAUGAGGCUUCGGGCGCCAACGAUGAGAUAGUACAGCUACGAAGUGAAGUGGAUCAUCUCCGCCGUGAGAUCACAGAGCGAGAGAUGCAGCUUACCAGCCAGAAGCAAACGAUGGAGGCUCUGAAGACCACUUGCACAAUGCUGGAAGAACAGGUCAUGGACUUGGAGGCCCUCAACGAUGAGCUGCUGGAGAAAGAGCGGCAGUGGGAAGCUUGGAGGAGCGUCCUCGGUGAUGAGAAAUCCCAGUUUGAGUGUCGGGUUCGAGAGUUACAGAGGAUGCUGGACACUGAGAAGCAGAGCAGGGCGAGAGCCGAUCAGCGGAUCACUGAGUCUCGCCAGGUGGUGGAACUGGCAGUGAAGGAGCACAAGGCUGAGAUUCUUGCUCUGCAGCAGGCUCUCAAAGAACAGAAGCUGAAAGCUGAGAGCCUCUCUGACAAGCUCAAUGACCUGGAGAAGAAGCAUGCCAUGCUUGAAAUGAAUGCCCGAAGCUUACAGCAGAAACUGGAGACUGAACGAGAGCUCAAACAAAGGCUUCUGGAAGAGCAAGCCAAAUUACAGCAGCAGAUGGACCUGCAGAAGAGUCACAUUUUCCGUCUGACUCAAGGGCUGCAAGAAGCUCUAGAUCGGGCUGAUCUACUGAAGACAGAGAGAAGUGAUCUGGAGUAUCAGCUAGAAAACAUUCAGGUUCUUUAUUCUCAUGAAAAGGUGAAAAUGGAAGGCACUAUUUCUCAACAAACCAAACUCAUCGAUUUUCUGCAAGCCAAAAUGGACCAACCUGCUAAAAAGAAAAAGGGUUUAUUUAGUCGACGGAAAGAGGACCCUGCUUUGCCCACACAGGUUCCUCUGCAGUACAAUGAGCUGAAGCUGGCCCUGGAGAAGGAGAAAGCUCGCUGUGCAGAGCUAGAGGAAGCCCUUCAGAAGACGCGCAUUGAGCUCCGGUCUGCCCGCGAGGAAGCUGCCCACCGAAAAGCCACAGACCACCCGCACCCAUCUACGCCAGCCACCGCGAGGCAGCAGAUCGCCAUGUCUGCCAUCGUGAGGUCACCUGAGCACCAGCCCAGUGCCAUGAGCCUGCUCGCCCCGCCAUCCAGCCGCAGAAAGGAGUCUUCAACUCCAGAGGAAUUUAGUCGACGUCUUAAGGAGCGCAUGCACCACAAUAUUCCUCACCGAUUUAACGUAGGCCUGAACAUGCGAGCCACAAAGUGCGCUGUCUGUCUGGAUACUGUGCACUUUGGACGCCAGGCAUCCAAAUGUCUUGAAUGUCAGGUGAUGUGUCAUCCCAAGUGCUCCACGUGCUUGCCAGCUACCUGUGGCCUACCUGCCGAAUAUGCCAUGCACUUCACUGAGGCCUUCUGCCGUGACAAAAUGAACUCCCCGGGUCUCCAGGCCAAGGAGCCCAGCAGCAGCUUGCACCUGGAAGGGUGGAUGAAGGUGCCCAGGAAUAACAAACGAGGACAGCAAGGCUGGGACAGGAAGUACAUUGUCCUGGAGGGAUCGAAAGUCCUCAUUUACGACAAUGAAGCCAGAGAAGCUGGACAGAGGCCGGUGGAAGAAUUUGAGCUGUGCCUUCCCGACGGGGAUGUAUCUAUUCAUGGUGCCGUUGGUGCUUCCGAACUCGCAAAUACAGCCAAAGCAGAUGUCCCAUACAUACUGAAGAUGGAGUCUCACCCGCACACCACCUGCUGGCCUGGGAGAACCCUCUACUUGCUAGCUCCCAGCUUCCCCGACAAACAGCGCUGGGUCACCGCCUUAGAAUCAGUUGUCGCAGGUGGGAGAGUUUCUAGGGAAAAAGCAGAAGCCGAUGCUAAAUUGCUUGGAAACUCCCUGCUGAAACUGGAAGGUGAUGACCGUCUGGACAUGAACUGCACACUGCCGUUUAGCGACCAGGUGGUGUUAGUGGGCACCGAAGAAGGUCUCUAUGCUCUGAAUGUCUUGAAAAACUCCCUAACCAACGUCCCAGGAAUUGGAGCAGUCUUCCAAAUUUAUAUCAUCAAGGACCUGGAGAAGCUACUCAUGAUAGCAGGGGAAGAGCGGGCGCUGUGCCUCGUGGAUGUGAAGAAAGUGAAGCAGUCCCUAGCGCAGUCUCACCUUCCCGCCCAGCCGGACAUCUCGCCCAAUGUUUUUGAAGCUGUCAAGGGCUGCCACUUGUUUGCGGCUGGCAAGAUUGAGAAUGGGCUCUGCAUCUGUGCAGCCAUGCCCAGCAAAGUGGUCAUUCUCCGCUACAACGAGAACCUCAGCAAGUACUGCAUUCGCAAAGAGAUAGAGACCUCGGAGCCCUGCAGCUGUAUCCAUUUCACCAAUUAUAGUAUCCUCAUUGGAACCAAUAAAUUCUACGAAAUCGACAUGAAGCAGUACACGCUUGAGGAAUUCCUGGAUAAGAAUGAUCAUUCCUUGGCACCUGCUGUGUUUGCCUCCUCUUCCAACAGUUUCCCCGUCUCCAUCGUGCAGGUGAAUGGUGCAGGGCAGCGAGAGGAGUACUUGCUGUGCUUCCACGAAUUUGGGGUGUUCGUGGAUUCUUACGGAAGACGGAGCCGCACAGACGAUCUCAAGUGGAGUCGCUUACCUUUGGCCUUCGCCUACAGAGAACCCUAUCUGUUUGUGACCCACUUCAACUCACUUGAAGUCAUUGAGAUCCAGGCACGCUCCUCGCUAGGGACCCCUGCCCGAGCGUAUUUGGAAAUCCCAAACCCGCGCUACCUGGGCCCCGCAAUUUCGUCGGGAGCAAUUUACCUGGCAUCCUCAUACCAGGAUAAAUUAAGGGUCAUUUGCUGCAAAGGAAACCUCGUGAAGGAGUCUGGCACUGACCACCACCGGGGUCCCUCCACCUCCCGCAGCAGCCCCAACAAGCGAGGCCCGCCCACGUACAACGAGCACAUCACCAAGCGCGUGGCCUCCAGCCCGGCGCCACCCGAAGGCCCCAGCCACCCCCGGGAGCCAAGCACACCCCACCGCUACCGUGAAGGGCGGACAGAGCUGCGCAGGGACAAGUCUCCUGGCCGCCCCCUGGAGCGGGAGAAGUCCCCGGGCCGGAUGCUCAGCACGCGGAGGGAGCGGUCCCCCGGGAGACUGUUUGAAGACAGCAGCAGGGGCCGGCUGCCUGUGGGAGCCGUGAGGACACCACUGUCCCAGGUUAACAAGGUAUGGGACCAGUCUUCAGUAUAA